GCGCGAUAUUAUAAAUGUGAGCGGAGUAGGAUCGGUGAAUACAAGUACCAAAGAUCUCGUAGUGUGCCACGUUCGUUCGUGCUGCAACUUGGCUCCGACAAAGUUAUACAGUUUUUGUUUACCCUAAUUAACCUUGGAUCAUCACCACAGAAUUAAUCGGUGACGUGACUGUAUCUGGACUUUCGGCAAUCAACUGUUAUGGGUUCAACCGUCAGUAACUUGGGGCGCACAUAUAUCUGAUAAGAGUCGUGUGCAUAUCGGUGGACAAAGGAUUAUCAGUGCGUACAUUGGUACAGUUACAUGCAAAGAUGCCAAAGAUAAUGGAUACCGGAAAAUCCAUUGAUUUUACCAUAAAUGGAAAAUCAUAUACAAUAUCGGGGGACAUACCGGCCGACACGUCCCUCAACGUCUAUAUUCGCGACUAUGCGAAACUCCGCGGCACAAAAGCUAUGUGCCACGAGGGUGGCUGCGGCGCCUGUAUCGUGGCUGCGGAAAUCAAGGGCGAGACAAUAGCUGUGAAUUCCUGCCUGGUGCCGAUAUUAAUCUGCGAGGGAUGGUCGAUUCACACGAUUGAAGGCAUAGGAAAUAGGCUAGAUGGUUAUCACCCGAUUCAAGCUGCACUCGCUGGGAAAAAUGGCUCGCAAUGUGGAUAUUGCUCUCCUGGCAUGGUAAUGAAUCUUUACAGCCUUCUGCAAAACAAGAAAGUAACUAUGCAGGAAGUUGAAAAUUCCUUCGGUAGUAACAUCUGUCGUUGUACAGGCUAUCGCCCGAUUUUGGAUACGUUCAAGGGAUUUGCCAGUGACGCAACUCCAUCACUGGCGAAGGAUAUUCGCGACAUUGAGGAGAUCUACAAAAUCAAAACCUGCCCGAAAAGUGGAAUGCCGUGUAAAGGCACUUGCGACAAUAAACAUUUCAAAGAUGGGAAGACGGAUACGUUGGAUAUAAAGUUGGAGGACUCGGAAUUCUAUAAAGUUUAUUCAAUCGAAAACCUAUUUGCGGUAUUUCAACAGAAACCGAAGGCAACAUAUAUAUUACACGGCGGAAAUACAGCACAUGGUGUUUAUCGGGCGGACAAACACGAUCUUCGCAUCGAUAUAAACGACAUCCCCGAUUUGCGUCGCAUCGAAAAGACUAAAGAGUCACUGACCCUGGGCGGAAACGUAUCUCUCACCACGGCGAUGGAGACCUUUCAAAAGUAUUCAUCCGAGGUCGGGUUCAAGUAUUUGCGUCACCUGGCCCAUCAUAUCGAUCUGAUUGCCAGCGUGCCGGUGCGUAACAUCGGCAGCAUCGCCGGCAAUCUGAUGAUCAAGCACGCGCACCACGAGUUCCCGUCCGAUUUGUUCUUGAUGCUGGAGACGGCCGGUACCCAAAUACAUAUCCUCGAGGCACCGGGUGCCAAAAAGAGUAUGAUGCUGCAGGAUUUCUUGAAGACAGAUAUGCGCCACAAGAUCAUCUACAGCGUAGUGCUGCCGGCGUUAUCCAACGAUUACGAAUACAGAUCCUACAAGAUCAUGCCUAGGGCCCAGAACGCUCACGCUCACAUCAACGCCGGCUUUCUCUUCAAACUCGACGGAGGCGGCAAGGUGCUGGAGAAACCUAACAUCAUCUUCGGCGGCAUCAAUGAGCAUUUUCUGCACGCAAAGAACACAGAGCAACUGCUAGUAGGUAAAUCUAUCCUCGACAAGCAAGUGCUGAAGACAGCUUUGGAAACGUUGCAUAACGAACUGCAACCCGAUUAUGUGCUGCCGGAUUAUUCGCCGGAAUUCCGCAAGACUCUUGCCGAAGGAUUAUUCUAUAAAUUUGUCUUGAGCAUCAAACCGGAGAAUGUGAAUUCGAAACUUCGCAGCGGAGGUCCCCUGUUAAAGCGAGAUCUCUCUUCAGGCACACAGGACUAUGACACGGACAAAAAUGUAUGGCCGGUGAACAAACCUAUCGUGAAGAUGGAGGCGAUCCAGCAAACAUCGGGCGAGGCUCAGUAUUGCAACGACCUACCACCGUAUCCUGGAGAAGUAUUCUGUGCUCUCGUACUUACGAAAGUCGGCAAUGGCAAAAUAGAUAGCAUAGAUGCGAGCAAGGCACUUGCUAUGAAGGGUGUAGUGGCGUUUUUCUCCGCCAAGGACAUACCCGGCAAGAAUUUGUCCAUCUCAGCCGACAGUCAGCUGAUAAUGCUGAUAAAUGACGAGUUGUUGUUCGCCGAAAAGGACGUUCUCUAUUCCGGUCAGGUGGUCGGUGUGAUUGCCGCCGAGACACAUAAUCUUGCUAAUGAAGCCGCAAAAUUAGUGGAGAUCAAAUAUAGCGAGACUCUAAAGAGGAAGCCGGUGAUAACUAUUGAGGAUGCGCUCGCCUCCAAGGACGAGACCAGAUUUAUGCACAGCAUGAGCGUUCCAGCGAAGACGAAAGGAAAGAAUGUUAAACAAACGAUAAAAGGCGUUUUCACUUGCGGCAGCCAAUAUCACUACACUAUGGAAACUCAGUCCUGCGUUUGUAUUCCCGUAGAAGAUGGUAUGGACGUCUAUCCAACAUCGCAAUGGCCGGAUCUCAUUCAAGUAUCAAUCGCGAAUUGUCUUGGCGUUAAAAAUAACAGUAUCAAUGUCCAAGUGAGACGAAUCGGCGGUGGAUACGGAGCGAAAAUCUCGCGGAACGCGUUAUUCUCAUGUACCUGCGCGCUGGUAUGUCACAAACUGAAUCGCCCAGCGCGAUUAAUCUCGACUAUCGAGAGCAAUAUGCAAGCGCAGGGCAAAAGAGUUGCUACGCGUCAAGAAUACGAAGUUGGGAUAGAUGAUGAGGGAGUUAUUCAAUACUUUGACUCGAAACACUGGGGCAACUGCGGCAUCAACUUCAACGAUCCUCACGCUUUCGUUACAGUACAUCACAUGGUUAAUUGUUACGUCAACGACAACUGGACCAUCAAUGGAUUCGAAGUCCGAACCGAUUUACCGUCAAACACAUACUGUCGAGCACCAGGAUCCACGGAAGGAGUAGCCAUAAUCGAACAUAUAAUGGAACACAUCGCGAAAGUGACGAACAAGGAUCCGCUAAAAGUCAGAUUGGCGAAUAUGAACGAUGUGGAUAAGGCCGCGUUAGAACCCAUGAUAAAGGAUUUGUCGAAAUCGGCCGAUUACGAGAAGCGAAAGCGGGCCGUUGAGACGUUCAACAAUGAAAAUCGCUGGAAGAAAAAGGGCAUCGCCCUGGUACCAAUGAAAUAUCCAUUCCAAUAUUUCGGUCAGUUUAAUGCUAUGGUGUCCGUUUGCGCUCGUGAUGGUACGGUUUGCGUGACGCACGGUGGCAUUGAAUGUGGCCAAGGUAUAAAUACCAAGGUUGCUCAAGUAGCGGCCUACACUUUGGGUAUCGAUGUAGAUUUGGUUAGCGUUAAACCAACAAAUACUAUAAUAACACCCAACAAUACGGUUACGGGAGGCAGUAUUACUAGCGAGGCCUCUGCAUAUGCCACGAUUCAAGCUUGCAAACAAAUCCUGAAAAGACUCGAACCGAUAAAAAAAGAUAUGAACAAUCCAAGCUGGAAGGAACUAGUUUUUGCAGCGUAUCUAAAGGAUAUUGAUUUAUGCGCGCGUCAUAUGUACGCGGCUGCUCUGGAUGACACGAUCAAACCUUACUCCAUUUACGGUGUUACUAUUGCUGAAGUAGAGAUCGAUCUGUUAACCGGCCAGCACAUUGUCAGAAGGGUCGACUUGGUUGAAGACGCCGGGAUAAGCUUGAAUCCGGAAAUCGACGUUGGCCAGGUGGAAGGAGCUUUCGUAAUGGGAAUAGGCUACUGGACUUCUGAAGAUCUGGUGUACGAUCCUAAAACAGGAGUAUUAACAAAUGACAGAACCUGGAAUUAUAAACCUCCAGGAGUGAAGGAUAUCCCUGAGGACUUCCGCAUAUAUUUGCGUAAGAACUCGGUCAACACAUCUGGUGUUCUGCGUUCAAAAGCAACUGGUGAACCACCACUUUGCAUGAGUUGUGUAAUUCCGAUCGCGAUACGUUAUGCGUUGAACUCCGCUAGGGCAGAGGCAGGAAAUAAGGAUGUAUGGUACCAAUUAGAUUCACCGUACACUAAUGAACUUAUAAUCCUAAAAAGUUUAACCAGCAAGGAGAAAAUGGUACUUUAAAAGCAAACUAGGAUUUGCAACUUAACUGGUGAUGAAAUUAAAUUUUAUGCUUAUUGUUGUUCAAUUUUUUGAUUACUUUUUAGUUAGAAUAAGUGUAGAUGUUCUAUGCGACACAAUUUUUUCACCUAUCUGUUGUUAAUACAAAAUAUUCUAGAGUAUAACAGGACUAAGAUGAUUUAGUUAAUUAGGUAUUAAACACAACUAAGAUAAAACUUUGUUUUGUAGUAAACAUUGUUAAUAAAUGCUCUUUACAUAACACUA